GAAAACAUGAAGAUCGUCGGAUUGCUUUUCGCUGUGUUAUCAAUUUUAAUUGGAAUCGAUGGAUUAAAAAUUCUGGCAUUUCUUCCAUUUGGAAGUAAAUCACACUUUGCCAUCGGACAUUCGAUAGCGAAGACUUUGGCUGAUGCUGGACAUGAGGUGACUGCAGUCUCACCUUAUCCAGUUAAGAAACCAAUUAAGAACUAUAAAGACAUCAGCACUGAAGAUUAUCUUAAAGUCUUCUUUAAAGAAAAUGCCGCAAACAUGUUUAAGUACGAAAACAGCGGUGCUAUAGCAAAAAUAAUAGAAGUUUUCGUCAUUCAUUGGAUGGGAACUGAAAUUGUGGAGUUCCAUGUCAAACACCCAAAGAUACUUGAAUUAUUGAAUUCAAAUGAGAAGUUUGAUGUUUGCCUGGUUGAAGUUUUCAACUUUGAUGCUGUAUCACUUGGAGUAGCUGAACAUUUUGGCUGUGAGAUUGUUUCUUACAUGACAUAUGCUGCUGUUAAAUGGGCGGAUGAUAUGACUGGAAAUCUAUCGCCAACAUCAUACGUACCGAAGCCAUAUCUCGAAUAUACUGAUAAGAUGAACUUCAAGCAGCGACUUUCCAAUACAGUUUAUACUCACAUCGAGGAUCUAAUUUACGAAUUUAUCAUCAAAUCGAACCAAAGAAAGCUUUACAACAAGUAUUUCCCAAAUGCAAAGAGCACAUUCGAUGAAGUGUACAAGAAAUCUGCAAUUUACUUCCUCAAUACUCAUGUUGCUUACUCGACAGUCCGUCCAUAUUUGCCAAAUUUAGUUGAAAUUGGUGGAAUUCACGUCCAGCAAGCAAAGCCAUUGCCAAAGGAUAUUCAGGAAUAUUUAGACUCAGCAACAGAAGGUGCUAUUGUAUUUUCCAUGGGAUCACUAAUUAAGUCUUCAGAAUGGCCAGUUGAGAAAAGAGAAGCUUUUGUCAGAUCAUUUGGGAAGUUAAAGCAAAAAAUAAUUUGGAAAUAUGAAGCAGCAGAUCUACCGAAUAAACCUGACAAUGUCAUGAUCAGCCCUUGGGUACCACAACGUGAUAUUAUGGCACAUCCAAAUGUUAAACUUUUCAUCACUCAUGGUGGAUUAUUAGGAACAACAGAAGCAUUAAUAGAAGGAAUUCCAGUUCUUGGAUUGCCAAUUUUUGGUGAUCAAAAGAUGAACAUGGCAAAAGCUGUGUCUCGAGAGUAUGGACAGCAAAUUUAUUUUAAUGAUAUUACAGAAGAAAAUCUCGAUCAUGCCUUAAAUGAGCUCAUCAAUAAUCCAAAAUAUUACGAAAAUGCCAAAAUUAUUUCAAAAAGAUUCAACGACCGUCCAAUGACACCACAAGAAUCUGUCGUUUACUGGACAGAAUACGCUCAUAGACAUAAAGGUGCUCAACAUUUAAAGGCUGCAAGUUUGGAACUGAAUUUCUUUGAGUUUAGAUCAAUUGAUGUUUAUGCUGUUUUAUUGUUGAUUGCUUUAGUUAAUUUUUAUAUUGAUUAUUUGGUGUUGAAGUGGAUUUUAAGAAAGAUUUUUGGAAAGUCAAAAAAAGUUGAGAAUAAGAAGCAGAAAAAGCAGUGAAAGUUGGUAAAAAUGCAUGCAAAAGAUUAAUGUUAAAUAUAUUAAAUUUAAAAAAAAAUAAAAUUUAAUUUUAUUCAAAAA